UUGGCCCCCUCACAAGGCACAGGGAGCGCCUACGGAUAUCUCUACCUCCAAUUCGACGCGGGAGAUCCCCGGAUUCCUCAGAUGUUUGGUUUUCAACCUCCGUGACUGCCGUCUUUCUUCUAGUCUAAUUCAAAACGAGUAUCCAAAGAGUCCAGAAACGAGGGGUAACUACCAUGGACGCCAACCAGCUUUUCAACGUCAAGGACAAAGUCGUCCUCGUCACCGGUGGAGCCAAGGGGGUUGGUCGUAUGAUAUCCGAGGGUUAUGUUGCCAACGGGGCCACGGUCUACAUCUCGUCUCGUGAUGCACAGGCGUGUGAGAAAGCGGCGGCCGAACUGAAUGCCCUAGGUAAGGGCAAGGCAUAUGCGAUCCCCGCCGAUUUCUACAAGGAGGAGGACUGCCAGAAGUUAGCGCAGGAGUUUGCCAAACGGGAAAGCAAACUUCAUGUGCUGGUGAACAACUCUGGCUCCAACUGGGGAGCAUCCUACGACGAGUAUCCCUCCUCCGCGUGGACGCGAGUCCUGACCCUCAACCUACAUCGAGUCUUCACCAUCACCCAGCUGUUCACGCCGUUUCUGGAGAAGGCCGCGGCGCCAGAGGAUCCAGCACGCAUCAUCAACAUCGGCAGCAUCGACGGCCUCCGAGUCCCCGCGCUCGAAACCUUUGCCUACAGUGCGAGCAAGGCGGGAUUACACCACCUCAGCCGGGUGCUCGCCAGUCACCUUGGUCGGCGGAACAUUACAUCCAACUCUCUCGCCUGCGGUCCCUUUGAGAGCAAGAUGAUGGCCGCCACCUUGAAGCAAUACAAGAAAGAGAUCGAGGAGAGCGUCCCCCUGGGUCGUAUCGGCACCCCGCAAGACGUGGCAGGCUCCUGUCUCUUCCUGAGCAGUCGGGCCGGUGCGUUCAUCAACGGGGCCACGAUCGCGGUGGACGGCGGGGCUCACAUCGCUGCCAGGUUGUAGUUGGGAGUAAACGUAAACCGCUGUCACAAUAUAAUUUCUACUUAAUCUUCACCAUAAAUUCCAAUUUCAAACCCCCUUCUUAUUAUUGCCCCCCACGAUUUCAAGGGAUCAGUCCAGAACCCCCCGAGUGGAGUCUUGGUGGGGAGGCGACAUCAUACCUGGCACCAACAUGCCGUCACACACCCCCGACCGACGAUUGCUCGACUUGGGCUCACCGCAUCAACAACAUUUGUUGAGGAAACAAUCUCUGCUUCGGUGCUCUCGAAGCUGUCUCUUUUUACUAUUUUCUGCCUUGUGAUUUCCGCCAAGCCAGUUACACCAGCAGUCAAUUCUCGGC